AUCUAAAUCUAAAAUACUUCAUGCUAUCGUGUGACAUACAAAGUUACACACGUGUUUAUCUUUAGUGUUGUGAGUUGUGACCAAUACAUAUUUUUUUAAAACAACAAAACCAAAAUUAGUAUCAAAUGUACCCAACUCAUAAACCCUAGGGUUAAGGUUCUAUGCAUAUAAGGACUCGGUGAAGCUGAUAAAAUAUAACUCAUCAUCAAAACUAAUAAUAAUGGGGAAGCAAAGAAAAACACGUAAAAUAGUAGAGAAGAGAUUCGCUCAAAUGAAAAAAAUGAUAAACCCUCGAGACAAUAGAAUAAAGAAGAGUGAACGAGUAGCACCCAGGAAAAAAAAACCUGACCCUCACGCGUUAAAGAUUCGUGAAGUACCUCAGGCUAGUUCAGCACUUUUCUUCCAAUACAAUACACAACUAGGUCCACCUUACCAUAUACUAAUUGAUACAAAUUUUAUUAAUUUUUCUAUAAAAAAUAAAUUGGAUAUUGUUCAGAAUAUGAUGGAUUGUUUGUAUGCAAAGUGCAUACCAUAUGUAACAGAUUGUGUUUUAGGAGAACUGGAGAAAUUAGGACGAAAAUAUAGGGUAGCAUUAAGAAUAAUUAAAGAUCCCAGGUUUGAGAGGCUCGCUUGUCUUCACAAAGGAACUUAUGCUGAUGACUGCAUAGUACAAAGAGUUACACAGCAUAAAUGUUAUAUAGUUGCAACUAAUGAUAAAGAUUUGAAACGAAGAGUUAGAAAAAUUCCUGGGGUACCCAUUAUGUAUGUUGCAGAACAUAAGUAUACAAUUGAAAGAAUGCCUGAUGCAUAUGGUGCUCCUAAAGGUGCUAUAUAGUAUGUAAUAGUGUAAAUAAGAAGUGUAUAAAACAUUUACAAUAAAAGUAAGAAAUAUG